UCCUCACAAACAGCCCAUGUAGCUCCUCCCCCUGGUGUUAUGUCAGUGGUUCUGGUCUGAGGGAGUCCAGACCUGCAGGAUUGGACCAGCAGCUCAGACAUGGCCAAGUGUUCAGGAUGUGGACCAGGAUACCGCAGCCCACUGGACGCCAUGAAGGGUCCUCGGGAGGAGAUCGUCUACCUGCCCUGCAUCUACCGAAGCACAGAGAUCCUGAAACCCGACUACCUGGCCACCGUCGACGUUGACCCAAAGUCCCCGACCUACAGUCAGGUGAUCCACCGGCUGCCGAUGCCGAACCUUCGUGACGAGCUGCAUCACUCCGGCUGGAACGCCUGUAGCAGCUGCUUUGGCGACGCCUCUAAGACACGGAACCGUCUGAUUCUGCCGUCGCUGAUCUCCUCCAGAAUCUAUGUUGUCGAUGUGGGGACGAAUCCCAGGGCGCCCAAAAUGCAGAAGAUGGUGGAGCCGGUCGAUCUGUUCUGGAAGUGCGGUCUGGCGAAUCCUCACACCAGCCACUGUCUGGGCAGCGGCCAGAUCAUGAUCAGCUGCAUGGGAGACCCAGCGGGGAACGGCAAAGGUGGGUUCGUUCUGCUGGAUGGUGAGACCUUCGAGGUUCUCGGUAACUGGGAGCACCCGGGGGAGGCGGCGCCAUUUGGCUACGACUUCUGGUACCAGCCGAGACACAACGUGAUGAUCAGCACCGAGUGGGGGGCGCCCAAAGCUCUGGUCAAUGGAUUUGACCCUGCUCACGUUAAAGAAGGCCUCUAUGGCAGCUCCCUCCAUGUUUGGGACUGGACCACCCACAGGAAGCUGCAGACGCUGGAUCUGGGUGAAGACGGCGCCAUUCCUCUGGAGGUCCGGUUCCUGCACGACCCAAGUGCCACCGAGGGAUAUGUGGGAUGUGCUCUGAAGUCAACCGUGUUUAGGUUCUACAAAACACCUAAAGGUGACUGGGCUGCAGAGAAAGUCAUCAGUGUUCCUAGCAAGAAGGUGGAGGGAUGGAUGCUGCCAGAGAUGCCAGGUCUCAUCACAGACAUCCUGAUCUCUUUGGACGACCGUUUCCUCUACUUCAGUAAUUGGCUGCACGGUGACAUCAGACAGUAUGACAUUACAGACCGGAGGAACCCACGAUUGGUCGGCCAGGUGUUCCUGGGAGGAAGUCUUGUUACUGACGGACCAGUCAAAAUCCUGGAGGAUCCAGAAAACCAGCCGCAGCCCCGCCCCCGCAUCAUUCAGGGGAAGCGUAUCCCUGGAAGUCCUCAGAUGUUGCAGCUCAGUUUGGACGGUCGCAGACUUUAUGUGACGACGUCUCUGUUCAGUGGUUGGGACAAACAGUUUUACCCCGACAUGAUCAGAGAGGGUUCGGUGAUGAUGCAGAUCGAUGUGGACACUGUCAACGGCGGUCUCUCCCUGAACGAGAACUUUCUGGUGGAUUUUGGGAAAGAACCCGACGGUCCGGCUCUGGCCCAUGAGCUCAGGUAUCCUGGUGGAGACUGUACCUCCGACAUCUGGCUAUGAACAGGACGCCUCAGCUGCUGCUUUUUACUUCGUCUCACGGUUUUCAGAUUUUUUUUCCCUCCUCAGGCGCCUUUAAACACACAAACACAGCAAAUCUGAACUGAAUAAUGUGCAUGAAUCAGAAUAUUCAGCGCAGAUCAGACUGAAGUUACUGAAAACAGAACAGAAAGUAGAAAUUGUUUCUGUCCUUUUCUGACUUCAGCAUCAAACACUAAAGCAAGUUUAUUGUCUUACUUCAUAAUGUACAAAUCUAAAUCAGAACAAACAGCACAAACACAUUUAAAUACACGAUGUGAGAAUAAAAAGUGAUGACUGCUGUGAGAGUCACGUCCUUACAUAGUCACAUCCAACAGAAGAUUGUACAUUCCUUUUCAAAAAAAGCUAAAUAACAACAAACAGCACCGAGAAUCAUGACUUCAGCUGAAGGAAACUUUGAUCACUAAUGGGAAAAACACAAAUUACAGGAUUUAGGAAAUUUUUCAGAAUAAAGAAUAAAAGGCAUUAAAUAUUCCAUUUACUUGGAAUUUUUUUUCUUAUUCUUCUUGUUGUUCUUAAAUGACUUUUUUACUAAAAAUAAAUGUUUAAAAUGUCCUGUAAUAAAAUCAAAGAGGGUUCGAUAAUAUUUUACUGGUGAAAAAACACAGCAGCACCUAUAAACAGAUCUAUGGAAUAAACUGUGGUUUUGAUGAGCAGCUGGUGAUUACGGCCUACAGGGGGCGCUGCUGCAGGACAUAUCUGCUGCUGUUACCUGCAAAAAACUAAACAUAAAAAAGAGUUUUCAUUAAAAAAAUGACAAAUCUUCAGAUGAAUAAACCAGUUGUGUUUUUCAUAAAUCAGAUUCUCAGAAUGAAUUGACCUGAUCAAUUAAAACUAAUCACAGUGAUUAAUUAAUCUGCAGAUCAGCAUGACGUCAGUUUAGAGUAAGAAAUACGAUUUUUAGACUGAUUUUAUUUUCUCUCCUUAUCCAACUGUAGUUUCAUAUUAAAAUAAAAAUGCAAUCUUCUUUCUGUGUUUGCAUCAUUUUUCCAGCAACUUUCUGACUGUUCAGGUGAAUGCAUUCUAGAGACUGACGUUUCCAAAAUAAAUACUGAAAGGCCAAAUAAUUGGCCUUAGUAAUAAAAGAAGAUAAAAUAAGAGCGUCAUGUCUGAGGGCAUCAGAGUAAAGUCAGUAAAUGCAUUCUCAGCUGCUGAAAUAGGUUGCUGAUGUAUUUUAGUUAUUCUAGGCUACAGCUUCAGUAUUCGCCUCCAAAAAAGCUUCAGAUAUAACAGUUUUUAACCAUUUUUAAAACACUACAUAGGUUAAUAUUUUUGUUCAAUAAAUGAUCAAAUGAUGAAAAUUUUCCUUGUGGUGUUUGUUCACAUGCAUCAACCUGAAAUGUUUCACAAAGAGUUCUUAAAACCAGACUUCAUCCUCACUGUGUUUUUAUCAUUUGUUUAUUAUUUUAUUAUUUAUCAUUAAAAUGACAUCUGUUGCGUUUAACUCAUCUUCAUACUGACUUUAGCACCCAACAAACAAUAAAACAGCAGCUUUUGUCUUUUGUU